GCAGCUAAAUCAUUCGUAAACAAUCAGUUAAGAGUAUUAGCGUCACUUCCCAAAAUUUAUUCUUAUUAUUUUAUUGCGAAAUAUUCAAGGAUCGAGCUAAUAAAAUGACUGUUGAGGAAGUGAUUGCCAAAAAACCGAAUGGAUUGGGAAUCCGGCAUUUGCAAGUGAUAAUGAUGUUCUUAGCUCUACUCCUUGCAUUCAGUAUGAGGGUCAACCUGAGCAUGGGUAUUGUAGCUAUGACAGAUCCGGACGGUGAAAACACAUUCGACUGGAGUUUGAGCAUUCAGAGUAUGAUAUUGUCGUCAUUCUUCUGGGGCUACAUAGUACUGCAAAUACCUGGAGGCGUACUGGCUUCUAGAUUCGGUGGCAAGAUCCUGAUCUUGAUCUGUAUUGGCGUUAACUCUUUGAUCACAUUGCUAAUACCGACAGCUGCUAGAUUGGGAGACUGGCAAAUGGUAUGCGCGUGCCGCGUGCUACAGGGUCUGUCCCAAGGUUUCAUAUAUCCAUCGCUACACACCCUCGUCGCCAAGUGGGUGCCUCUUGAAGAAAAAGGCCGUUUGGGCACCGUUGUUUACGUAGGAGGACAAUUAGGGACGGCGUUCCAACAUAUUGCUGCCGGUUUCAUAGCCGAUUUGUGGGGUUGGCCGGCGAUAUUUUAUGUCACUGGAACCAUUGGGGCUAUUUGGACGAUCGUUUACAUAAUCAUUGGUAGUUCCAGUCCACAGGAGUCGAGGUUUAUCACUUCUGAAGAAAGACUGUACAUACAGACUUCGCUGGGACAAAUUGGAGGGCAUAAGCGAUACAAGACACCAUGGAAGGCUAUAUUCACAUCAAUGCCGUUCAUAUCCUUGAUAAUAGCGCACUGUGGACAGAAUUGGGGCCACUGGACGCUGAUCACCGAGAUACCAUCGUAUAUGAGCAAAGUUUUAGGCGUCGACAUCAAACACAAUGGGAUAAUAUCGGCAUUGCCUUACUUGGCCCUUUUCGUUCUGAGCAUACCCAACGGUUUCGUUGCCGAUUACAUUUUGAAGAAGAAAUGGCUCAGUAUCACCGCCAGCAGGAAGCUCUUCAACAGCAUUGGAGCAUACGGCCCAGCCAUAGCCCUCAUUUGCCUGUCGUAUACACCAGCUGAUGUCGUGAUCGCCACUUCACUCCUGGUUGUUGUGGUUGGGAUCAAUGCUGGCCAUUUCGCUGGGUACAUACUGGUGCACAUCGACAUGGCACCAAAUUUCGCGGGUCAAAUGAUGGGCAUCACGAAUUUCUUUGCCAAUAUCAUAUCUCUGAUCACACCACUCGCCGCCGGCGCCAUACUGCAGGACGAGUCCGAUCCCAGUGAAUGGCGCAAGGUAUUCUACGUGUCGGCCGGCGUCUACAUUUUGUGCAACACUAUUUUUGUUAUUUUCGCAACGAGCGAAAAGCAACCGUGGAAUGAAGUUGAAGAAAAUGGAAAUGAUCCGGAGUCAAAAAUAAAACCAGAGAAGGCAGUAUCGUCAGAAUAAAAUAUAUAUUUAUA